AGAGGGGAUAAAAUACAAAAAAUUGAAAACAAAUAAGCCUAACCUAUCAAAAUUCAGGUGGAAAAGGUUCCGGCCUCAAGUCUUCCGACCACCACUCUUGUCUUUUUGGCAUAUCAAAAAAGUCUGACACAUAACAUUUAGUUGUGAAUACUUACCCGUUGUCCAGCUACACGUUCGGCACGAAGGAGCCCAAGAUGGAGAAGGAUACCUCCGUCGCGGAUCGUCUCGCUCGCAUGAAAGUCAACUAUAUGAAGGAGGGAAUGAGGACCAGUGUGGAAGGAAUUUUACUGGUACAAGAGCACAAUCAUCCUCAUAUACUUCUUCUCCAAAUUGGAAACACAUUCUGCAAACUCCCAGGCGGUCGUCUCAAACCAGGAGAGAAUGAAAUUGAGGGCUUGAAGAGGAAGUUGACUAGCAAGCUUGGUGCUAAUUCACCAGCUCUUGUGCCUGACUGGCAGAUAAGUGAGUGUGUAGCAAUCUGGUGGAGGCCAAAUUUUGAAACCAUAAUGUAUCCAUACUGCCCUCCUCAUAUAACAAAACCCAAGGAGUGCAAAAAGCUUUUCCUUGUUCAUUUAUCUGAGAGGGAAUACUUUGCAGUGCCCAAAAAUUUAAAACUUCUUGCUGUUCCAUUGUUUGAACUCUAUGAUAAUGUUCAGAGAUACGGGCCAGUUAUAUCCACUAUUCCUCAGCAGCUAUCCAGAUUCCAGUUUAAAAUGAUCACUAAUUGAACGGAAAUUUGAAGCUUACAUGCUGAUAAAUUACGACUUUCAUUUGUUAUUUUCGUAACUAGGACUAAGAUUUAUCAUUGCAUAGACUGGCUAGAAAACUGAGUUUUGAAGUGAGUUUCUGACAGAGUAGCUGUGUUGGGACAUGGUUUGUCUGUAUUUAUUCAUUGCACUAUGGGUUGAUGUCGGUUAUGAACAAUCAACCCAAGAUGGAAUCAAGUAAUCAACUCUUAGGCUAUACACCUAAUGCCCUAGUAGAAAUCAAGGUGAUCAGGUAGUGUCUUUAUCUCAUGUCUGUUGCUUCUGCCUUGCUCAGGUUGCCAUAUUGCAUUGGAAAGGGUCAAGGAAUGGACAUUGGUUUUCAUUGCUAGUUAUUUUGGUGAAAGGCAUUGAAUGUCAAAAAUUAUAUAUAAUCCCAUAUUAGAGGCAAAAAUUCAAACAUAAUCCUCGUGGCAAAAUGUAUAAAACAAUGACAAAUGUAAUUUUUUUUUUAACAUAUUAAAGACAGUUUUAGCGCAUGAGCUACUUCUGGAA